AACACUGAUGUGGUCAUUUUCUUGGCCGUCUUCUUCAGGUUUAAACGCAUCUCCUGCCCAUUGUACCGGGGUGUGAUUUCCUGCCGGUCUUUUUAUCUGACCAGCCUGCAGAUGGGACACCCUAUCAACAGCAAGACUGAUGGGCACCCUGUUUGCAGCAGACACAGAGGCCACACUCGUCGAGGUCGGGGCCGUCUUGGCCGAAGGAGACUCACCCGGCGGAGACGGAAUGCAAAGAUGGCCUUGCACCCACGGGCUGGAAGGUCCCAUGGCCAUCACAGAGUUGGGAGUGAGCCACAAGCUGAAGCCACAGCCCAGAACAUGGGGAGUCAGCCUUCCCCAGGCAGGGUGGGCCCAGCUGUCUGCCCCAUCCGAGGGCUGGGAUCUCAAGCUGCUCGAAGACCCCGAAGGGGUGUAGGGACUACAUCUUCCUCAAAGGUUCAUCGCCCUGGUGCCCUCCUGCCUGCAACACGCAGUCGUACAAGAUUCAUCCACUGCCGGGGUAAGCCCCCUCGGACACAUGUCAGCUCCAAGAGACCCAAACGGUCCAGGAUCCGUCGAUGCCACACUCGGGCACCAGGCUGGACCCAUGAGAAACGGAUGGCGAGCAGUGUCGAGGAGGGCCUCCAGCCUGAGCCAAGUCAGCUGGACCAAGAUGCAGACCUCUUGGAGGAAGAAGAAGCUGCCAGACUCCCUGUGACCUCCCUGGAGGGGCUCUUUCUGGAAGGGGACAAGCAGCCCAGUCCAGGUCAGGGCCCUUUCUUUUACAUCGGAGGCACCAACGGAGCAUCAGUAAUCAGCAGCUACUGUGAGAGCAAGGGCUGGCAACGCACGCAGGAUAGCCGCUGUGAGGAUUACAAGCUGAAGUGGUGUGAGAUCAAGUCUAGGGAAAACUACUGCAGCUUCCGGGAAGGCCAGCAGUUGCUGUUCCAGCUCCCCAACAAUAAGCUGCUUACCACCAAGAUCGGGUUGCUCAGUGCCCUGCGGGAGCAUGCACGCACUUUGAGCAAAGCCAGGCUGCUGCCCAGUGCCCAAGCCAAGGUCUUGAAAAUGGACGAGUUUUUCCCAGAGACCUAUCGGCUGGACAUCAGGGACGAGAGACAGACUUUCUUCACGCUAUUUGAUGAAACCGAGAUAUGGAUCUGCAAGCCCACGGCCUCCAACCAGGGAAAGGGCAUCUUUCUGAUCAGGAGCCAGGAGGAGGCUGCUGCCCUGCAGGCCAAGACCCAGAGCAUUGAGGACGACCCCAUCUACCGCAAGAUGCCCUUCCGUGCACCUCAGGCGCGGGUGGUGCAGAGAUAUAUCCAGAACCCGCUGCUGCUAGAUGGGAAGAAGUUUGAUGUGCGCUCCUACCUGCUCAUCGCCUGUGCCAUGCCCUACAUGGUCUUUUUUGGCCAUGGCUAUGCCCGCCUCACCCUCAGCCUGUAUGACCCUCAUUCCAGUGAUCUCAGUGGUCACUUGACCAAUCAGUUCAUGCAGAAGAAGAGUCCACUGUACAUGCUUCUGAAAGAAGGCACUGUGUGGAGCAUGGAGCACCUCAACCGAUACAUCAAUGAAAAGUUUAGAAAGACCAAGGGCCUCCCCAGAGACUGGGUCUUCACCACCUUCACGAAGCGGAUGCAACAGAUCAUGGCCCACUGCUUCCUGGCAGUCAAGUCCAAGCUGGAAUGCAAGCUGGGUUACUUUGAUCUCAUUGGCUGUGAUUUCCUGAUUGAUGAGAACUUCAAGGUGUGGCUGCUGGAGAUGAACUCCAAUCCUGCCCUACAUACCAACUGUGAAGUCCUGAAGGAGGUGAUCCCUAGAGUGGUUAUGGAGACUUUGGAUCUAGCUCUUGAGACCUGCCAAAAGAGCUUGCAUUGUCAGAAGAUGCUGCCUUUGCUGUCACAGCGUCGCUUUGUGCUCCUUUACAACGGGGAGACUAUGGACAUGUGGCCGCGCUUCGGGGGCUCGCGCCCCCUUGCCCGCCUGCCUCCGCCGCCGCCGCCGCCGCCGCCGCCUCCCAGGCCCGCCAGUGAGGUAGCAUCCUCCACACUGUCCUCAGCACGUGCCACAGCAGACCGACCUGGAGCACGCAAGCCGGUGCCUUCCAGGGCUGCUCCCAUAUGCGCCUUCCGCAAAUCGCGGCUGCCUGACUCCAGCGGAGGGCCCGGAGCGGAGUCCGAGCCCUCUCUUUGUCCUGGGUCCCCAGAAGACAGCAGGGACGCGACUGGGGAGCCCUCCCUGGGGCCGUCCGAGGAAGAGCGCGAGGAGGAACAGAGGAGCGCGAGCCACCGGGGCUCCUAGCCGCCACAAGCAACCAGCGACCCUGAUUUGGGCCGUGCCCUCUCCGGGACCUAUAAAAGCUACUUUGUGACAAACGCGGCCUCCAGAAGCCGGUCCCACCUGGGCGCCCCAAGCCCUUCCUUCACCCUCCUCUCUUUGCUCCUCGGUUGUCCUUAGCGGAAGGAGAGGGAGCUGCAUGCAGAAUGGGAGUGCAUCCUUCAGAAAGGGAAAAACUUCGCUGACCUGUUUUUCCUUCUAUGGGGCAGCCCACCAAAUUCUGGGUUCCCACUUAUUGCUCUUUCUCAUUCUGUAAGAUCCUCCUGAAACUCCAUGGCCUUCAUGACCUCUGCAGCCUGGCUUUGGGACUCACCCUCUGUUCCAUGGAGUCCCCAGGAAAGGUCUUGGAUGCCCAUGGAACUCUGGAAGUCCUACCCUGCUCCAUUACUAUUCUGGAGCAGUGCCCGGGUUCAUCCUCAUUCUGCCCACCACCUUUCUUCUGGCCUUUCAGACACAAUGGAACAGGGUCUACAGCCUACUUCCCCACAAAGGCCCUGGAGUUUGUCAGGGGUGGGAGGUACAGAGGAAUUGGCCAAGACAGGGUAGUUCCCAUGAGAAGGAAGACAUUAAGCUGACAUUCGAGAUUGCUCUCCCUCCUCCCCUGCCACCCCCUGCAAUAAUCACGUUCCUAGUUAGCAUGGAGGUUUGAAAGGAGACCUCUGACCACCUCACAUUUUACACCAAAGUGGCCAGAAUCCUGCCUUUAAGUCCCUGCAGCCAACUCCUAUCCCCUCAAGUUACCCCACCCCUAAAAAACUCCAAAGACAACCUCCUACCAACAUCCAAAAGGAUCUGCUCAGCUUGAAUACUCUCUUGCAUAUCCUCUUCCUUGUUCUCCCUUCUGACCUUUAAUUGGUCCCAAACAUCAGGCUUAGCUCCAUCACAUGGGAGAAAUGCCAGACUGGUCCCUGUUCUUUAUUGGAGCAAAAUCCCUCGGGAAGUAAGGGAUCUUUCCUUGCACAACAAUCUAAACUGUGGCAGUUUCUAAGAUGCAAUGCCUGGCCACCAGUAGAGGGCUCUGUCAGCAUACAGGGAAGUUCCCUUCCAGGAACUCCUCACAGUUGAACAACUGAGGCUCAGAUCCCAAGGAAAUUAUCAUAGAGACCCUACUUUAGCUCGUGAGCAUCCCACAUCUCUGCACACCCCUACAACCCUUCUCCAUUCAGACUUCCUGCUCCACCCCAGAUGCUCUAAGUUCAUUCUUGCUGUGGCCUAGGGAAUGAGGUACAAGGUGUAGUACAAACACAGUCUUGUCUGUAGGUGACCAAGCCCAGCGUUUCCUGUAACAGUCCAGGAAAAACCUGUCCCUAGUCAGAGGGUCUCUGGUCUAUUGGCUCUGAAGCCCACUAAAGCUAAGCAAAUGGAAACAAGCCUCCCCCAAAAGUGCCCUAGGUCUUCGCGAAUCCACAUCUGUUCCUGGCAGCCAUGGUGCUACUAGCCAUGUCCCUUGGGGCCACCUGUCACUACAUUCUCAACUUGUGCCCCCUCUAAGACCUAGGUUUCCCAAAGCCACUCCCCCUCCUCACAGUUCCCUGACCAUGUAUCCCCAUCACUGGCCUCACAAAUAUUUCUGCUCUCAGCACCACAUGGAGCUACAGCCCUGUCCCCCUCCCGUGGUGCGGGGGUCGUCUCAUGUCAGUACAGGCUACAAAGCUCUCAGGAGGAAGAUGGCUUCCUCUGCUGUUGUGGGGGCAUGGAGCCUCUACUCAGACCACGAUGUAACAAAUACUUGUUGGCAGUAGCCUGUCCUGCUGUGCCAACCACAGGCUCCCCAAGGGCUUGGGCUGUCUGCUACCCUUCAUUCCUGGCAGCUGCAGAGCAUGUCAAAGAAUACGGGUUUCAGGGACCUCUUGCUGCCCACUCAUUCCACGGGAGCCAUAAGCGAUGGCCCCAUCAACCCCCUCCAGGCCCUCCUCAACUCUUUGUUUUUGUUUUUGUUGUUUUUUGAGACAGGGUUUCCCUGUAGUUUCUAGAGCCUGUCCUGGAACUAGCUCUUGUAGACCAGGCUGACCUCGAACUCAGAGAUCCGCCUGCCUCUGCCUCCUCAACUCUUUACAGCCCACGUGCAAGUCCCCCAGAGCCCUGAGUUUAGGACCUCAUCAGACUCUGGGGAGAGAGGGACUGUGGGACAUCUGAGCAUCUGGCACCUGGCAGCUUCAAGGUAUUCUCUAAUAUUCAAACAAUAUGACAGAACCAGGGGUUAAGGAGCUGAAUGGCAUCAACUCUGGGCUGGCCCUACAGAGCAACCGAUUGCUACUGGAGUUGGCCACCCAAGAACAGGGCUCCUGGCAGCUGAAUACAUAUUGUCUCUUGCUUCUAUAUCACCCUUUCCCUGUUCUCCUGAGAGAAUCCUGAGACCCUCCUGUUAAAAGUGUCAAGAGUUUCCUUCAGAAGAUGUGGGGAACUGAGCUACUCACGGCUCUGACCCAAGCACCCUGUGCCUUCUGUUGUCCCUGCAGUCAGACCUUUACCACACACAUGCACACACGUGCACACAUGUGCACACGCACACACGCACACACAUGUACAUGCAUAGGGUCUGGAGCUUUCUGCGUGUUUUAGCUUCGGUCAGACAAUAGUGGGACAUCCUACAUACCUUCCCACUCUAGUCCCCCCCCCCAUCUAAAAAAGGGGCUAGAACAGAUAGUUCCUGGUCUUCAGAAAAUCACCCUAAUUCAUGGAGCUUCUUGGGAAGAUGGGGUAGGUAAGGGAUGGAUGGCUACCUUCUUUCCCACUCAGCUGCUUCCCAUAGGGGCUAGUGGCUGCACAAGGGACAGUCCCUGAAAUGUAAGCCCAGCCCAAUAGAAGACCUAGACGUUGAGGUACUUCCUGGUCAGUGGGACAGUCAUUACCCACCUGCCGCCCAAGGUCUCUGGACAGCUGUCUGGAGUUGGGGGAGGGGUUGUCGAGUUGUAAAAAGGAAGCGACCUCUCACUUUCCAUGAUACAGGUCCUCCUCUCAAGCUGGGGCAAGUCUCACACUGAAUAAAGUGUGGGCUCUCAGCAAGUGAGAGGGUGGAGGCUGGGCAGGAGUCACCAGCUGUGGCCGGAAGCAUUUCUGGGAACUGAGCUGGUGGCGCUUUAUCUGAGAACAAAACUUAUGAAAUCAA